AUGGCAGACGCGGCGGUUGAUCCCGUUCCUAACCCAUUGCCUACAACCGUCCUACUGGCUGAUGCUUCAGUUUUCAGCAAGUAUGUACACAAAACUGUGUGCACUCUUCUGGAAGAAACUAAAGAUGGGUCACUGGUUUUGGAGGCUACUUUGAGUGAUCCAAACAAUCAAGAACUGAUCAAGAAGUUCAUAUGUGAUGCCCAGAUUCACUCACUUGUAGUUCAGAAACUUUCCACUAAAGAUGAUGAUGACGAAUCAACGGAGUGUUGUGUUUCGUACACAGUCCUGCUCGAAGUCAAGUUUACGAAUCCCAAAGUUCAAAGUAUCGUGUUCAUUAAACGUGGGGGCGUUUUAGAGGCGGACAAAAGUUUUAGCUCUCAGUUGAGAUUUAUGAACUUCUCUGAUGGCUCUCCAUAUGAGACGUUGCAUUCGGCCAUUAGUAAUGCUAUCAGUCCAUUUUACAAAUCUUAUAUUCGGGAGUCUGGAAGGGCUGACAGGGACGGUGAUAAAAUGGCACCAAGUGUAGAAAAAACUAUGACGGAGUUAGAGAUGGGUCUUCUACAUCUCCAGCAGAAUAUUGACAUACCUGAGAUAACUUUGUCAGUUCAUCCUGUCGUUGCACAAAUGAUAAAACAACGUGCAGAGGAGGGAAAAAAAGCGAAAACUUCGGAUUUUGAAGACAAACUGGAAGACGCUCAGUUUCUUAAUGCUUUGCAGUCCGGUGUAAAUAGAUGGAUUAAGGAAAUCCAAAAGGUUACAAAAUUAGACCGCGAUCCCUCGUCUGGCACUGCUUUGCAGGAAAUAACAUUCUGGCUAAAUCUGGAACGUAGCUUGUUUCGUAUACAAGAAAAGAGGGAAUCCCUAGAAGUCACACUCACUCUAGACAUUUUGAAACAUGCCAAACGGUUUCACGCUUAG